GCUGAAGCGAAUUAGUGAGGAAAGGGAAAAUGGCGGACCUCGAAGACGUUACACUGGACGGGAGGCCGCUACAAUCUCUACGGGUGGCGGAUUUGAAAGCUGCUUUGGAGGAGCGGGGGCUUCCUAAAAGCGGACAGAAAAAUGCUCUCAUUAAGAGGCUCAAAGGGGCUCUCAUGCUGGAGAACCUCCAGAGAACCUCACACCAUCACAUAGGACUGCAGCCAAACUCCCAGAUUGGUGAAGAGAUGAGCCAGAAUAGCUUCAUUAAGCAGUAUCUGGCAAAACAGCAGGAGCUCUUGAGGCAGCGUCUUGAGAAAGAGGCCCGGGAAGCAGUCGAAGAUGAUGAUACCGACCAAGAGGACCACACACAGGGCAAUAACAGCUCUGCCUGUGCUGCCCCAGACCAGGAUGACGUACCUGUUUUGGUUGACCAGCACAAGCCACUUGGCCCCUCCGAGGGAGAGGGACUAGCAGGCCCCGCAAGCGAGGGAGAGGGACACAGGGCCAAAGACGGCCAUGUGCCUGGUCCACUUGCCUCUACCUCUCCUACCUCUGCCCCUGCUGCCGUUGCUUCUCUGUCUGUGUGUGUAGCUGAUGGUGAGCAGCGACCGGAGAGAGUCCAAACCUCUAGCCAAGUCCCAGCAGAUAGCGAUGAUGACAGCGACGGAGGUGACGAGGAUGGCGAGGAUGAGGACUGGGAUAGCGGUGCCAGGAGGAGGAAUCUAGGAGAGCCACCAAGAGGCCAGCUAGCAAGAGAGAGGUCUGAAGGAUCCCGCCAACCCCCACAGCACAUCCCCCCCCUGUUGUCUCCGCAGCUUCGACAGCCUACCCCUCCCCCGUCCCCUCCCCCAGAGUUAUCAUUCCCACUGCCUGAUACCCCUAAACAAAGCCCCCCUAGUCCAGGUGAGCUCCCGGCUAGGCAGCGUACUUCCAGUACCUCCAGCUCUGGCUCCUCUAGCAGUGGCAGUCGUAGUAGCAGUCCAGAACCACAAAGCAACGCAGAGCGCAAGCCUGGCCCACUGACCCUGCUGGCACGCAAGAUGGCAUCAGAAGGCGCCUUCUCUGGAGUUGGGUGGCAUGGACGUGGGGAGGCAGAAAGGCAGGACAACAAUGCUGCAACUGCAACAAUAUUUCCUGGUAGAGGUCCUCAAGAGGGCACAGUGUCUGCCAUCACCCACACAGCCAAUGCUGCAGCCAGUUUGCCCUUCCCCAGUCUGGUUCCAGUUACCAACCAGGGUGUCCUUGGAGGCCAUCUAUCCCACAGUCAAGUUCCUGUGAGUGUCCUUAGGCCCACUAUAAUGGAAGAGAGAGAUUCUGCAUGGCAACAAGAAAACAAGGAAAGGGAGCUGCAGGCAGAGAGCGAAAGAGAAAAGGCCCUUGAGCAAGAGAGACUUAGAGCCGUGGAGCUGGAAAGACAGAGAAUAUUUGAGCAAGAGAGGGAAAGAGCUUUGGAGCGAGAGAGGGAGGAGAGGGAGAAAGCCUUGGACGCUGAAAGGAAGGAGAGGGAAAGGGCUUUGGAGCGAGAGAGGGAGAAAGCCUUGGAGGCAGAAAGGAAGGAGAGGGCAAGAGCUUUAGAGCGAGAGAGGGCACAAGCUCUUGAACAAGAGCGGGAGGAAAGAGAGAAAGCUUUGGAAGAAGAGAGAGAGAAGUCUGUGGCAAGAGAGAGGGCCCUUGAGCUUGAGAAGGCUGUGGAGUUAGAAAGGCAGAGAGCCAUGGAACGAGAGCAAGCUUUGCAGCAAGAGAGAGAGGAGAUGGAAAGAGCUAAAGCUUUUGAGCGGGAGGAGAGGGAAAGGGCUCUUGAGCGGGAGCAAGUUCUUGAACAAGAAAGGGUGGAGACAGCGAGAGCGUUGGAGCAAGAAAGGGUGGAGAUGGAGAAAGCCUUGGAGCGAGAGAGACAGGAAAGAGAGAGAGCCUUGGAGCGAGAACAGUUGGAGAGGGAGAAAGCAUUGGAGAUGGAGCGUAUAGAGAGGGAAAAUGCUUUGGAGCAAGAGCGAGUUGAGAAGGAGAAAGCUCUGGAGCUAGAGAGGCAGGAAGCGCUGGAGCUAGAGAGGCAGGAAGCGCUGGAGCUAGAGAGGCAGAAAGCGCUGGAGCUCGAGAGGCAGAAAGCGCUGGAGCUCGAGAGGCAGAAAGCGCUGGAGCUCGAGAGGCAGAAAGCGCUGGAGCUCGAGAGGCAGAAAGCGCUGGAGCUCGAGAGGCAGGAAGCGCUGGAGCUCGAGAGGCAGGAAGCGCUGGAGCUCGAGAGGCAGGAAGCGCUGGAGCUCGAGAGGCAGGAAGCGCUGGAGCUCGAGAGGCAGGAAGCGCUGGAGCUCGAGAGGCAGGAAGCGCUGGAGCUCGAGAGGCAGGAAGCGCUGGAGCUCGAGAGGCAGGAAGCGCUGGAGCUCGAGAGGCAGACAGCGCUGGAGCUCGAGAGGCAGACAGCGCUGGAGCUCGAGAGGCAGAAAGCGCUGGAGCUCGAGAGGCAGAAAGCGCUGGAGCUCGAGAGGCAGAAAGCGCUGGAGCUCGAGAGGCAGACAGCGCUGGAGCUCGAGAGGCAGAAAGCGCUGGAGCUCGAGAGGCAGAAAGCGCUGGAGCUCGAGAGGCAGAAAGCGCUGGAGCUCGAGAGGCAGAAAGCGCUGGAGCUCGAGAGGCAGAAAGCGCUGGAGCUCGAGAGGCAGAAAGCGCUGGAGCUCGAGAGGCAGAAAGCGCUGGAGCUCGAGAGGCAGAAAGCUGCUGAGAGGCAGAAAGCGCUGGAGCUCGAGAGGCAGAAAGCGCUGGAGCUCGAGAGGCAGAAAGCGCUGGAGCUCGAGAGGCAGAAAGCGCUGGAGCUCGAGAGGCAGAAAGCGCUGGAGCUCGAGAGGCAGAAAGCGCUGGAGCAAGAGCGAGUUGAGAAGGAGAAAGCUUUGGAGCUAGAGAGGCAGAAAGCUUUAGAGCGGGAACUGGAGGAGAGGGAGAAAGAUAGGGAGGAGAAGGCAAGGGCUUUGCACCAAGAAAGAAUUGAAAGGGAGAAAGAAAGAGUGGAGAGGGGAAAAGCUUUGGAACGUGAGAGAGAGGAGAAGGAGAGGGCUUUAGAACAGAAGGCCCUGCAGAGAGAAAAAGAAGAGAGGGAGAGUGUUUUCGAACAAGAUAAGGAAAGGGCUAUGGUGGCUGAGAGGGAGAGUCAUCUUCCCCCAUGGAAACGUGGUCGUGAGAUUGGUCUUACCCCCCUGCCCACUCCUCCCCUUUCCACAGGAGCAGGUAGAAUGGCGGCAACAGAGGAGGGUGGGGAGCCCCACAUGCCAUCCCUACCCCAAACAGCAUCGAGAGACAACCAGCCAGUUGAAUCUGGUACGCCCCUGUCACCAACUAUAGCAACGCCUCUGUCACCCCAGUCCUCCUUCAAGAAGUUCCGUUUCUUGAGAGACCCCCCAGUUCUGUCCCCAUCUUGCUCUGCAUCCCUGGUCAUCAAGAGGCCCCGUACAUUCUCUGACAGCCCCCAUACUCAGGCCUCCGCUCUCCAGUCCCCAAGAAAACCUGGGGAACAAGAGCAGGAAAGUACUCUGCAGGGGUCCAAGCUUUCUUCUGGACAGGCAGCAUCACAGAUGCCUGCAAGACAGGGGUUCCUUGUUUCUGGACCAACUGCAGCAGACACGUCAGACACGACAGGGCCAGAGACCCCAGUGAUUGCCACACUAGGCAAGAGUCCUGAAGAAGAAAAGGCUGAGGAGCUUGUAUCAGAGGAGCAUGUCUUAGCAGAUAAGGAGACAAACAAACAGGAAGUGGGAGAGAUAGCCAGAGGUGCUAAACGGGUGGAUGCAGGAAACGUCCCCUCGGGUCCAGCUGAAUCUGUGAUACCUCCCUCACCUCCACUGGAAGAGGGCAAUGUAGACCGGGGAAGGGAGAGAAGUCAAAAGAAACAAGAGAAGCGGGGAAGACGAGCUUCCUCAUCUAGUGACUCCUCAGAUUCUGACUCUGGGUCAUCCUCCUCACGCUCGUCUGGUUCAUCUUCGUCUUCGCAGGGCAAAACUCGCACCACUCCCAGUGGUAGAAAGCCUGAGAAACCUCAGACAAAAACCAUAUCCCAGGAUAAGGAGACAGUUAGUCAACUUGAGGAGUCAAAGGAGUCCACGAAAGCACCCCAGCGCAAAAAUCGAGUACCUGGGGAGAAGGACAUGACCAUUGAUGGAGCCAGACAUGGCAAGAAAUCGUUUGUUGGAAUACCUGCUGGACAAGACAAUGAGCAGAAGGACAGCGAGGGAGAGGAGGAAAUGACAGACACUACAAGGGAGGUGAAGGAGGCUGCCAUGGCUGAGCCUGAGCGGGCUCCUGAGAGCAGUGAGGAGAGUCUGACGCCAAAGGCAUUCACAGCCCGUAGGAUCUCCCUGAGCAGCAGCAAGGCCUCUCCAGGUGUCGUCAGUGCAGAGGGCGAGGCAGAGUCUGGGGCCGGCCCCGGGAGGAAGAGGAGGUGGGGUUCCAGCACUGCGGUCACAGCCAAGAAACCAUCCAUCAGCAUCACCACAGACUCUCUGAAGUCUCUGAUCCCAGACAUCAGGCUGAGUCCAGGACAGGAGGCGGUGGUGGAUCUGCACCCAGAGGAAGCUCACCUCUCUGGGGGAGAGGAGGACAGGGAGCAGGGCGAGCAAGACUUCAAGAUCAGACGCACGGUCACACAGGUGGUUCUGUCCGAGACCCAGGAGAAUGGACCGAAGGAGUCCAAGAGGAGUGAGAACAUGGAGGACAGAGAGGAUGGAGUGGAGGUUAAAAGCGACAGAGAGGAGAAGAUGGACGACUCAUUCCAGAGAGACUCCAUGGAGACACAAUCCCCCUCUCCCCCCAUCCAUGACAUGGAGAUGAACACAGUGACCCCAAGUGACACCCUGAUCCGUCGCUCCAUCAGCCAGCAGAAGUCUGGCGUGUCCAUCACCAUAGACGACCCUGUCCGCACGGCCAAGCAGCCCUCUCCUCCACGAGGCAAAGUGUCCAACAUCGUCCACCUGUCCAACCUGGUUCGGCCGUUCACCCUGGGUCAGUUGAAGGAGCUGCUCAGCAGGACUGGCACCGUGCUGGAGGACGGCUUCUGGAUUGACAAGAUCAAAUCUCACUGCUACGUCACCUACUCUAGUGCAGAGGAGGCAGUGGCCACUCGUGCAGCACUACAUGGGGUGAAAUGGCCUCAGAGCAACCCCAAGUUCCUCUGUGUGGACUUCAGUCAGCAAGAGGAGCUUGACUUCCACAGAGGCUUGCCACCCCCUGGGGGGGCUGGAGAGGACGAGCGGGGGGCUUCAUCGGUGCCUGGCCGAGGUCGGGGGGCGGCCCUGCCCCCUCUCUUGCCCGAGCGUGACCAGUGGGCAGAGCGAGAGCGUGAGAUGGAGCGCAGGGAGAGGACCCGGGCGGAGAGGGAGUGGGACAGGGACAAGGUCCGGGACUUUGGUCCCGGAAAACCUGGAGAGGAUGCGGGCCCCAGACGAUCGCGCUCCAGAGAGAGGAAGCGCAAGGAGAGGAAGACGGACAAGAAAGAGAAAGCUGCAGAGGAAGCCCCUGCCAAACUGCUGGAUGACCUGUUCAAUAAAACCAAAGCAGCCCCUUGUAUAUACUGGCUCCCCCUCACAGAAGAGCAGUUUACACAGAGGGAAGUAGCUCGACAAGAGAGGAGGAAGGAGCGAGAGAAGAGGAGGAAGGAGCAGCAAGAGGAGGAGGAGAAGAAAAGGGAGGAAGAGCGCAAAGAAAGGAUAAAAGCAUCUGGCGAAAGAGGCGAGGGGGACAGGGACAGAGAGCGAGACAGGGAAAGGGGCAAAGACAGGGACCGAGACAGAGAGGGUGACAAACACAGAGAAAGCAGCCACCGCAGACCAGGGGGCAACAGUGCAGGGGUGGGCAGACGCUCUCACAGCCGCAGUGAUCCUCCACCUCGUGACAGACGACGCUAGAGGGAAUUGGUGUGGCUGAAACUGUCUUAAAAUAACCCCCCAUUCCCCAUCACUACAUGUACUUUGUUAGAACUAAGACCCUACAGAGGACCAACACACACACACACUGACACACAUAUAUAUAUAUACACACACACACACGCACACACACACACACACACUGGGACCAUGGUUUGAGCAGUGUUUCCCCCAGACUGCAGUCUGUCUUGCUUCAGUCUGAAAGUUUAGAUUUUAUAUGUGUUAAUUUUGCCUAAGUAUAUUCUUAUUAGUUUUUUUAAUAUUCUUGGCAGAUUGGCAACCAACUCUUUUCCCCUUAUUUCCCCCCGUGCAUAUCUGAAGAGUAAGUGCUCUAUGUAGAGUUCUAUGCAUACACACACAGCGGUUUUUCUCCUUCCCAUGGGUUGUGUAUUCCACAACUGGUUUCUGUGGGGUGCUUUGUCAUGGCUGCGUGCUGUCCCAGUCAGUCUGCCGUCCUCCACCUUGAUUCCUGUGGAGGACUGACGGUGUUGCGCAAAGUUCUGUCUUUGUUUAGUUUGAAAGAUGAGAGACUAUAUUCUCUGCAAGAGAUUAGAAUCUUCUAUACGCUUCUUUCUGUCCAUCCUUUGCCCCCCCCCCCCGUCAACGCAGGCUGGAAAAGGGGUGCGUAUUAAUACACACAAGCGGAUUUAAUAUUGUUUUUAAUCAUUAUUAAAGAAUACUUUAUUGUUUUUUGGUUUACCCCUGUAAGUGGUGAAUGUACAAAUAAAUAAAAAAUAAGUUUGAAAAA